AUGGCAGCCGCUAUCGCCAGCGGUCUGAUCCGGAAGAAGAGGGAGGCACGGGAGCAGCAUGUAGACCGACCACCCCAGAACAGACGGAGGAAGAGCCCCAUUAAGAACAAGGGGCUCUGCAAUGGCAACCUGGUCGACAUCUUCUCCAAAGUGCGUAUCUUCGGCCUGAAGAAGAGGAGACUACGGAGACAAGGUGUGAGAAGUUGUGUGUACCAUGUGUGUGAGGUGCCAGGUGUGGGUAACGUAUUGUGCAGUAACGUCAACCUGUUUCCACACAUCAUUCAUUUGGGGAACCCCUCACUGGGAAGUAGGCAAACAAAUAUGUCCAAUAACAUAGAUUUAAUAUCAAUAAUUCACUACACUCAUGAGAUAAACCAUUACGGUGUUACUAUUUACACUGUCUUUCCGAUCGUGCAUAGCUCAACGUAGAACAGAAGGAGAAAAAACGCAUGUUGAAUAUGUGGUGGCCAAUCCCAUGGUUCUUACGAUGGACAAUAUAGGGGUCUGUUUGUUGGUGACUAAAAGGCAGGAGGGAGAGAGAGAGAAAAAAUACAUUUACCCCUGAUUUACAUGCAAUCUCAGAUAGAUGA